UCUUCUCCUAUUAUGCGAACCCACACCACGUAUCCAGCAGAGUACCCUGGCCCCCUACGUGUUGCUCCUUGGGAUGAUGGGAGAAGCGGGGAACCUGUAUUUUCUCUUGGUUUUAGGAUAUCGGCCUACUUCUUUGACCGCUCGCUUAGACUGCAAGGUAACUAAGAACCCGCAACACACCCCGGUCUGGGGGCCUAGAUAGUGACGCAUGGAGUCCGCCAGGUGGUGGCGGCGGAGCACGCUGGGAACGCAGGGCUUCCGUCGGCCUGGCCCGGAAGGGCUGGCGCUUGGUAACGCCAGCUUCCCUAGCAACCAAGCAGGCGAAAGCAGCAGCCAGCCGCGCUCCGCUCCCGUUGUUCCCGGAAUGCCCCUUCAGGUUAGCGAUUACAGCUGGCAGCAGACGAAGACUGCGGUCUUUCUGUCUCUGCCCCUCAAAGGCGUGUGCGUCAGAGACACGGACGUGUUCUGCACGGAAAACUAUCUGAAGGUCAACUUUCCUCCAUUUUUAUUUGAGGCAUUUCUUUAUGCUCCCAUAGACGAUGAGAGCAGCAAAGCAAAGAUUGGGAAUGACACCAUUGUCUUCACCUUGUAUAAAAAAGAAGCGGCCAUGUGGGAGACCCUUUCUGUGGCGGGUGUUGACAAAGAGAUGAUGCAAAGAAUUAGAGAAAAAUCUAUCUUACAAGCACAAGAGAGAGCAAAAGAAGCUACGGAAGCAAAAGCUGCAGCAAAGAGGGAAGAUCAAAAAUAUGCACUAAGUGUCAUGAUGAAGAUUGAAGAAGAAGAGAGGAAAAAAAUAGAAGAUAUGAAAGAAAAUGAACGGAUAAAAGCCACUAAAGAAUUGGAAGCCUGGAAAGAAUGUCAAAGAAAAGCUGAAGAGCAAAAAAAAAUUCAGAAGGAAGAGAAAUUAUGUCAAAAAGAAAAGCAAAUUAAAGAAGAAAGAAAACAAUUAAAAUAUAAGACUAGUACUAGAAAUUCGGCAUCGAGAAAUCUUGCUCCAAAAGGGAGAAAUUCAGAAAAUAUAUUUACUGAGAAGUUAAAGGAAGACAGUAUUCCUGCUCCUCGCACUGUUGGCAGUAUUAAAAUCAACUUUACCCCUCGAGUAUUCCCAACAGCUCUUCGUGAAUCACAAGUAGCAGAAGAGGAGGAGUGGCUACACAAACAAGCUGAGGCACGAAGAGCAAUGAAUACUGACAUUCCUGAACUUUGCGAUUUAAAAGAAGAAGAAAAGAACCCUGAAUGGUUGAAGGAUAAAGGAAACAAAUUGUUUGCAACAGAAAACUAUUUGGCAGCUAUCAAUGCAUAUAAUUUAGCCAUAAGACUAAAUAAUAAAAUGCCACUCUUGUAUUUGAACCGGGCUGCUUGCCACCUAAAACUAAAAAACUUACACAAGGCUAUUGAAGAUUCUUCUAAGGCACUGGAAUUACUGAUGCCACCUGUUACAGACAAUGCUAAUGCAAGAAUGAAGGCACAUGUACGACGUGGAACAGCAUUCUGUCAACUAGAAUUGUAUGUAGAAGGUAAGGAAUUGAUAGAAAUGGUGUAA